UCCUCCACAUUCUCUCUCCUUAUCUGCAUGUUGGAUUUUCAGAUAUGGCUGCUGCCGGUCGUGUCCGAUCUGAGGAUCAGUUCCAGUGUUCCAUCUGUCUGGAUGUCUUCACUGAUCCAGUCACAAUACCAUGUGGACACAACUUCUGCAAAUCCUGCAUCUCUGAAAACUGGAGGGUUAAUGUUCCAUAUCGGUGUCCCAUGUGUAAAGAGGAAUUCUACACAAAACCUCAGCUGAAGAUCAACACGUUCAUCUCAGAGAUGGUGGCUCAGUUCAGACUUGAAGUUCAACAUGGACCAAACAUCUACAGCUCAGACCAACAAGCUGCCAAACCAGGAGAAGUUCCCUGUGACGUCUGCUCUCAAACCAAACUGAAGGCCCUGAAGUCCUGCCUGGUGUGUUUGACCUCCUACUGUCAGACUCAUCUGGAACCUCAUCUGACAGUUCCAGCGCUGAAAAGACAUCAGCUGAUCCACCCUGUGGAGAACCUGGAAGACAGGAUGUGUAGGAAACACCACAAACCUCUGGAGCUGUUCUGUAAAACCGACCACACAUGUAUCUGUGUGUUCUGUUCUGUUGAAGACCACAAGAACCAUGAGUUUGUUCCUCUGAAAGAUCAAUAUGAAGAACAAAAGCCAGAGCUGAAGAAGACAAAGGCUGAAAUUCAGCAGAUGGUCCAGGAGAGACGACUGAAGAUCCAGGAGAUCCAACGGUCAGUGGAGGUCAGUAAGAACGCUGCAGACAGAGAGAAUGCAGAAGGUGUUGAGGUCUACACUGCUCUGAUGGAGUCUGUUCGGAGAGGUCUGGACCAGCUCUUAGAGGAGAUCCAAGAAAAGCAGAGGAGCACCGAGAAACAGGCUGAAGACUUCAUCAAAGAGCUGGAACAGGAAAUCUGUGAGCUGAAGAAGAGAAGCACUGAGGUGGAGCAGCUGUCAGGCUCUGAAGACCACCUCCACUUUGUCCAGAGGUUCACAUGUGUCAAAGCUGCUCCAUCCAUGAAGACCUGGACAAAGGUCAGCGUCUGUCCACCAUCAUAUGAGGGGACUGUGGAGAGAGCUGUGUCUGAGCUGGAGAACAAACUCACAGAAGAGAAGAAGAGGAAGAAGAAGAAGAAGGAGAAGGCUAAAGCUGAGCUGAAGAGAGUCCAACAGUAUGAGGUGAAUCUGACUCUGGAUCCAGAUACAGCACAUCCUAGACUCAUCCUGUCUGAUGAUGGAAAACAGGUUCAUGAUGGUGGUGAAUGGAAGAACCUUCUAGACAAACCACAGAGAUUCACUGAUUGCCUUCGCAUCUUAGCGAAGCAGAGUUUCUCUUCUGGCAGGAUUUACUUUGAAGUUCAGGUGAAAGGAAAGACUGACUGGGCUUUAGGAGUGGUCAGAAGGUCCAUCAACAGGAAAGGAGGGAUCCCACUGAGUCCUCAGAGCGGAUACUGGACCAUCGGUUUGAGAAAUGGAAACCAGUGCAUAGCUUGUGCUGCUCCUCCUGUCCCUCUGUCUGUGAAGUCUGGUCUUCAGAAGGUGGGGGUGUUUGUGGAUUAUGAGGAGGGUCUGGUCUCCUUUUAUGACGUAGGUUCCUCAGUUCUCAUCUACUCCUUCAUUGGCUGCUGCUUCAGUGAUAAACUCCUCCCAUUCUUCAGUCCAUGUCCUAAUGCUGGAGGUUCAAACUCUGCUCCUCUGAUCAUCACUCCUGUCAGACACUGAGGAACAAACUCAUCAAAUGCACAGAUUUUCUCACAUUUACUGGAGUCACUAAACUUAGUGAUGAUGUAAAGUGUUUGAACGUGUAUGAAUCUGGAUCCAAAUGCACUGAAAUACAAACAUUAGUGCUGAGAAUAAUCCUGGUUUGACACAUUCUGAUGUCUGUGAUUGAAUCCAAUGAUAAUGAUGGUGUUUGAAUGUGAACUGGAAUUCAAAUGUUGGGAUUGGGAAUGUGUUUCAAUUAUGGGAUUGAUUUUAUCCAUUUAAAUGAUAGAAGUGUUCAGGAGAAUUCA